AUGGAUGCAUUUCGAUUGCUUACAAGGUCGACGAACCUCCCCCGCGCACAGCAAUUCAACACAUAUCAGAAGCAAAGCAUACCUUCCGCGGCAACCCUGCCCAAGAUUGAAGGUUUCAGCGGGGAGGGGAGUGACAAUGUGCAACCAUCUAUUCCACGGGGCAAAAAACGAAAGAGACGCACGGGUGCUGUCAUUGAGCAGAAGGUCCAAAAGACGAGGUUGGAGAGGCCUACCAACAGCCAUUCUUUGACGAGCACAAGCAUUGGCAGGAGUGAACAGCCGAAGCCUGUGCACGACGGAGUCGGUGCUAAUAGUGCUCCAACGUCAACGGGAACAGAAGAGUCUCCUUUGCUUCAAGAUGAAUGCAGAAAAAUAAUGCGGAAGCACAAGCUUAAGGUCGUAGCAUUGACAGGUCAACCAAACAGGCGUACCCCCAAGGAUCCGUCAAGAUCAUCCUCGGAGAGCUCAUCGAAGAGAGACAAGAAUGGACGUGAGCAGCUGUGCGUACAGCCCUUGACUGCUUUUACUCAAUUGAGAUCUACUUAUGGAAUUUCGCGACGCUUGUAUGAGAAUAUUCUGGCUCAGGGAUAUCAAGAGCCGACGGAAGUACAAAUAGGAAGCAUGCCAUUACUAAUGGGCUCAGACCAAGAAAGGGGCCUGUCGGAGCCACGGAAAAAGAUCAAGAAAAUACGGUCAGACAUUGAUCUCUUGACAGUUGCUCCCACUGGCAGUGGAAAGACUUCGGCCUUUCUUGUACCUACUUUGCAAGCAUUGCUCGACGAGCGCCAUCGAACGAAUCAGAUUCCAAGUGCGUCCGAUGUAGAAGAAAACGCAGUCAGAGUGCUCGUGGUCGCUCCGACUCACGAACUAGUAGAUCAAAUUGUCAACGAAGGAAGAAAGCUCGCUGCAGGGACGAGAAUUAAAGUGGCUGCCAUGAGGAAAGGUAUGACUCUACAGAGCGAGCCAGUAAACGAUCACCAAGAGCGCAAAUCAUUUGUGAAUACCGGGGACGGGGGACAUCUGGAAAUUUCUCCACCUGUUAUCAAGGCUGAUGUUGUAGUAAGCACUCCGCUGCUGCUCAUGCAGGCAAUCUCAGCAAAAGACGCUUGCUCUCCCGGACUAUUACCACUGAUCCGACAUCUUAUCCUUGAUGAAGCAGACAUUCUACUUGACCCCCUCUUCCGCGACCAGACCCUCGGCAUCUGGAACGCCUGCACCUCCCCGGCCCUGCGUACAUCCCUCUGGUCAGCUACCAUGAACUCCUCUGUCGAAAGUCUCGCUCAGCAGCACUUACUCUCCCGCCGGCAGUCUCUAAAGCUUCACCCCUCAUCACCGCCUCACUAUAUUCUCCGCCUCGUAGUCGGCUUGAAAGACAGCUCUCUUCCCACCAUCUCCCACCGCUUAGUCUAUUCUGCCACGGAACGCGGGAAGCUUCUCGCUCUUCGCCAACUCCUCAAUCCAUCUUUAGCCCCCUCAGCAUCCACAACAAACACACACACGAUUCGAACCCCCUUCCUCGUCUUCACCCAAACGAUUCCCCGCGCCACAGCCCUUUACAACGAGCUCCUCUACGAUAUCCCCCCCGAAGCAGGUGGCUCCUCACGUAUCGCAGUUCUACAUUCUGAACUCUCAGAUCUCACGCGCUCAAACAUCAUGGCCGGCGUGCGAAAAGGUGAGAUUUGGGUGCUCAUCACGACCGACUUGCUCGCUCGGGGUGUGGACUUCAGAGGUAUGAACGGCGUCGUGAAUUACGACAUCCCGACCUCGAGCGCAGCGUAUGUGCAUCGAGCCGGUAGGACAGGGCGCCAAGGGAGAGCGGGAGGUGUGGUGGUGACACUGUAUACCCGAGAGGACAUCCCAUAUGUGAAGGGUGUAGCUAAUGUAAUUGCUGCCAGUGACAAGGCGCAUGCGGGGCUGGGGAAAGACGGUCGUGGGGAGGAGGCUUUGAGUAAUAAUUUGGCAGAGCAGCAGUGGCUAUUGGAUGCGUUGCCGGAUGUUAGUAAGAAAAAGAAGCAGGAGUUGAAGCGGAAGGGGGUGGAGAGUCGGAGACGCGAUCUAUCAUGGAACGAUCCAAAGGGAGCGAAGAAGUCGAGAAUCAGUACGAAGAGCGGGUAUGAUCGGAAGGUGGAGAAUCGGAGGAAGGGCGCUGCUAGACGAAGUCAGGAGGUGCUGGAUGUUGCGGAUGGAGAUGAUGAUGAACGGGAUCUUCGAGCCAGUGCUGGAGAAUGGGAAGGGUUCGGAGACUAG